UUCUCUCUCGCCUUUCCUGAAGUUUCUCUCCUCCGCUGAUCAAGUCAUCCCCCAGCUGAGCUCCGCCUCUCCACUGUCGCCUCAUUCUCCGGCGAUCUCUGCUCUGCAACCCAACUUCCCUCCGCCUCUUCAGCCGCCGCCGGAAGUGAUAAAAGUGAUAAAGCUUAAACCUUUGCUUAUCAAUGGCUUAUAGGCGUACUCUCUCUACGCGGGCAAGCCUAAUUGCUCGGAGAUACCACCCCUCACUCAGUUACCUCCUUCAUAAUGGCGAAGACCGCCGAGAUAACUCCUUCGAAGAAAGGCCAUGUCAGGAGAAACUCAACCCCUUUCUCCAGCAAAGAUCUUUUCUCAGUACCCUCAACAGCUCUGCCGGUUUCAGUGCUGCUGUCCGGGGCAGAGGCUGCUUGGGCUUCUCUUUGUCUCCAAGCAGUGGCUCCCCAUACUGCCGGUAUAUGUCCACCACUGUCGGCGGAAACGCAGACAACAUCGAUCUGAUUAGCGACGUUGCGGAUGUCCUCACAGACACAACCGUGCAAGCGGUUGCUUCUCAGGCACCCAUGGUGAAUGAAGUUGCUAUUGCUGCUGCGGAUUCGUAUUAUCCGGUCAUGUACUUGCAGUACUUUAUCGAUUAUGUUCAUCAGCUUAGUGGCUUGAACUGGUGGGCAUCCAUUGUGUUGACCACUCUUUUGAUUCGAGGAUUGACCCUCCCGCUUUUGAUAAACCAACUGAAAGCAACUUCGAAACUCGCCAUUAUUCGCCCCCGUAUGGAGGAGAUAAAAAAUGAGAUGCAGGAGAAAAGCAUGGAUCCUACGGCUGUGACUGAAGGUCAGAGGAAGUUGCAGCAACUGUUCACAGAGUCUGGCGUUAGUCCAUUUACACCGCUGAAGGGAAUUUUUAUUCAGGCCCCUGUCUUCAUCAGUUUUUUCCUUGCUGUAACAAACAUGGCUGAAAAGGUUCCAUCUUUCAAAAAUGGAGGUGCCUACUGGUUCACUGAUCUCACCACUCCCGAUAGUCUCUACAUCCUCCCAAUUUUGACAGCGUUGUCGUUCCUAAUUACGGUGGAGUUCAACAUGCAGGAGGGCAUGGAAGGUAAUCCUUCCGCAGGUACAAUCAAGAAUGUGUCUAGGGUCUUUGCUGUUCUUACUGUACCGCUUACCAUGAGUUUCCCGAAGGCAAUAUUCUGUUACUGGGUUACAUCCAACUUAUUUUCACUAGUCUACGGAUACGUUCUCAAGAAAUCUGGUCUAAAGAAGUACCUGGGCAUCCCUGAGAUCCCUGUGACCCCACCAACCACUACUUCGAAACCCGCCUUCUCUGUGUUUUCGGUACUCAAACAGCCCACACCAAUGACUGAGCAGUCCUUAUCGGUACCCACUACUCCGUCCAAACUUGCCGACCGAAAAGUCUCUUCUUCUGCUGUCCUUAGUCAGAGGCUGAGAAGUCUAGAGAAAGAGGUGAAGGGAAGAAAGAAGAAUAAGAAGAGGUGAACUCGGUUUUCCUCCAAAAGUCUGGAGGAUUACUAUAGUUUACUAAAUUACGCGAUUUUAGGUGGUCCGAGAGUUCAGAAAAGAUUUUUUUCGAGGUUUAGGAUUAUAUAACAUCUUCAGUUAUUGCUGCCACCUCUGGCCUCACUCACUGUGCAGGUCCAGGGUGAAAAAGACGGUGGUAUUUAUUCAAUUCAGGAGUUUCUGUUAUCGGUAAUUCGGCAUGGCCACUGGAAAUUUUGCAUUAAGUAGAUUCAACUUUGAGUUUCGCUAGUAAGGCGAGAUAGAUAUAAAUAGCUGAACGGGUUUAAUGUGCCCACCAUAACAGGAAAAUAUCUCUUGUAAUAAGAUUGUAAUAUUUGCCCAAAUAAAUUUGUAUGACAUACAGUUGUAACUGAUAUUAUUA